AUGCCGGACCAGGCCACCGAUCGGACGGGCACCAAAGAUAUCAAGACAGAGGAUCGGACUGGCAUCAAGGAUAUCGAGCCGAAAGCGGAAAAUCAAACCCAGAUCCGACUCGAUCAAGGCCAGAUCAAACUCGAUCCCGAUGCAAUACCCCCGAUCUGUCAUACUGAGAGCGUCGAACAACGAGAUCCGCCGACGAAAGGACCCGCAGCGACCAACUCACAGGAUGCCGAGGACGAGGUGGAGAUAUACUACCAUGACAGCGGCGAUCUCUCACCGGAAGAUCUGGAAGGAAACUUAGCCGUCCUCCCCGAGAUCCCGAUCUCGACGACCGCGAAGGUCAGCAUCGAAGAUCUGCAGGGCCUCCUGGCCGCCGAGAUCAUCCGACCCUCGACACCACCAUGGGCCUCACCGAUCGUGAUUGUUCGUAAGAGUAACGGUGUGGAUAUCAGGUUGUGCAUUGAUUACAAGAUGGUAAACAGCCUCACGAGGCUGAUGGUCUACCCUAUGCCCUUGAUCAGUGAUCUGCUAGAAGAUCUGGAUAAAGCGCUAUGGUACUGCUCGCUAGACAUGGCCAGCGGUUUCUGGGUCGUGCCCAUGACGGAUCGGGCUCGCGAGAUCUCAGCAUUCAUUACUCCGUUUGGACUAUUCGAAUGGAGCCGCAUGCCUUUUGGUCUGAAGAAUGCCCCACAGAUUUAUCAACGCCUCGUAGACAACGCGCUGUAUGGAUUUUUGGAGAUCUCACGAUCCGGCGACGCUGGCGCCACUACGGAUGUGUUCCAGACCGGGAUCGUGGACGAUCCUGAUCGCGAGUCGGUGCUGGGUCGGAGAUCCUACAUCGACGAAAUCAUGAUCGCAGCAGAAUCGUGGGACCAAAUGUGCCGAAGAGCGGAGGAUCUGUUGGAGGCUUGUGAUAAGUGGAAUUUGUCGAUCAGUGUGGCCAAGAGUUUUUGGGGCAUGGAUAAGGUAGGAUAUCUGGGACAUCGAGUGUCGAUCGGAGGUUUGGAAGCGAGCCCGAUGGAAGCGAGCCCGAAAGACCUGAAAUCGUUGACCGAUCUGCCGUUCCCCGGAUCUCUGCGAUCUAUGCAGUCAUUCCUGGGCAGCCUAAAUUACUACAGCCGAAUUAUCGAAUAUUAUGCAAUUUAUGCCUCGGUACUCUACGAAUUACGUGAAAUGGAGUUUACAGAACUGGAGAAACGGUCAGAUCUGAGGGAGAUCUUGGACCGGAAUGACCCGAUCCCCCGAGAUCACGACCCAACAGAAUUGAAUGGACGAGAGGCGCAUAGGGCCUUCACCGCCCUGAAAACCAAGAUCGCGACGACCCCAGUCCUCCGCCAUUUCGACGAGACGAGAACGCCGGGUCGCCUGGGACAAUGGUCUGCCCUCCUGGCCCCAUGGACACUCGAGAUCACGAAAUGUUCGAAGGGUGAAGAUGAGAUACUGGGGGCGAUCGCGGCCAGCAUCACGCCGAGGGCGAAGAUCGACGAUGCUCUGACCGAGAUCGCUCCCCGGAAAGAAGCAAAACGCCGGAUCCAAACUGCGAUCGUGUGGAGUCUUCCCGGAUGGGAGGUGGUCAAGGCCAGAUCAGGCUAUCUCGAGAGCCUCACCGUGAACGAAGCCGAGUAUAACGGCUUGAUCCUGGGACUCGACAUGAUAGAUGGUUUAGUUCGCAGGCGCCUGGUGAUCUGCGGGGAUUCUAACCUAGUGGUCCGACAAGUACGGGGUGAGAUCGAUUGUAAGGCACCCGAACUGACGCUAUUGAAGCGGAAAGCGCUCGGUCGCCUGAGGAAAUGGAAUGACCAUGAGUUGGUUCACGUCAAGAGGGACUGGAACGGAAGUGCCGACAGUCUAGCAAGCGCCGCUUUGCAACGACAAAGGGGGAUCGAGGUCCAGGCGACACCCGGGUACCAGGAGCUGGUUACCCUGAACCGGUUAGACGCGAUCUUGAUCCCCAAGACCGAGAAUCCAGUGGUUCGAGUCGCCGCGGUGACCACGCGAGCUGGUCGAGCAAGAUCACCGGCGGGGGUCAUGGAUGAGGGUUUGAUCCGCGAAAUCCUAGUCGAUCGGAUAAAGAGGAAGAAGUCAGGGUCGCUGGCAUGA